UGCAACACCAAAGUUUAGUACUCAAAGAUCCAAAUUAGAAGCCUCUCGAAUCUUCUCUUUCUCAAUUUAGUACCUUUCGGUCAUUAUUUAAUCAUAUGCUUUUUUAUUGAUGAGAGAAACUCAUAUAUUUUAUUUCACUUGUCGAAUUAUCCAAUUGCAUUUCCUUCUUUAAAACCUACUAGCCUUGUAGACCAAAGAAACAGCAGAGCUCCCUGUCAGUGCGUAGUUUUGUUGGUAUAAUAUUAAUAUUGGCUGUGCAUUUUUCAUUAGUUGCCGUUGUAGCUACUUUGUAGCAUUCUUUCACAAGCGACGGCAGGUGAAAAAUGUCUGACGUCAGCAGAGAUGGGUCUUGCUAUUAUUCUGUGCUUGGAAUACGCAAACAGGCCAGUGUCCCUGAGAUUCGUGAGGCUUAUCGUCGACUUGCUCUGAAAUGGCAUCCGGAUAGAUGGAGGAAAGACCCAAAAGUUUCUGUAGAAGCUAAGAAGCGGUUUCAGCAAAUUCAAGAGGCUUAUUCAGUUUUAUCAGAUAAAAGCAAAAGAACCGUCUAUGAUGCCGGAUUGUUUGGUCUGGUCGGAGAAAACGAUGAUGAAGGAUUUUGCGAUUUCAUGCAGGAAAUGGUCUGCUUAAUGCGAAGGGAAAGAACCCAGAAGGACAGCAGCUUGGAGGAUCUUCAGGAGCUGUUAGAGGAGAUGAUGACAGAGGACGAAAGAGUCAUGUUUGGAUUCGGAUGGGAAACGUCUGGAACUACUUCUAGGCAAAGGAUACGUGUUGCCCCAUUAUGAUUGAUACAUAGGUUACAUAUCCCAUCUUAAAUGUUAUCUAAUUUCUACCAUUAAUUUGAUCUCUGAUCAUUGAUCUCAUUGCUUUAGUUUUUCCCUCCCAAUUUUGAGGCAAUUAAGGGAAUAAUUAAUAUGCUUAUGUAUCCCAAAUCAUACGUGCUUAAUCAUGUCCAAAUGUAAUCCAUCAGAAAAUGGUAGAACAUUACUGUUCCGUACUUCUUUAUUAUUUAUAAU